CCGCGGGCUGGUUCUCGCGAGAUUUGGCGCUGUGUAAGACGGGGAGGGGAAGCCCCGCCCCUUUCUCCCUGUGGCCGCCAUGGACACCAGCCGCGUGCAGCCCAUCAAGCUGGCCAGGGUGACUAAAGUGCUCGGCCGGACCGGCUCGCAGGGACAGUGCACGCAGGUGCGUGUGGAGUUCAUGGAUGACACCAGCCGCUCCAUCAUCCGCAAUGUGAAGGGGCCGGUGCGCGAAGGCGACGUCCUCACCCUGCUGGAGUCGGAGCGCGAGGCCCGGCGGCUGCGCUGAGCCCUGGCUUCUGCCGCUCUCCUUCGGGUGACGGAGCCUCACAGCCGGCUGGCUCCUGCCUGGCCAGGCACAGGGCAUGGAUGGAGAGGAGCGUGGCGGCGGCCUUGGUGCAAUAAAGGGUUUUUUCAGUA